AUGCUUAUCCGGGUAAAAGAGCUAAUUAAUAAAGAAGCGUUUCGGUGGCUCAAACAUAGAAGAAUCCAAUACGGCAGUGUCAUCGAGUCACGAGUCACUCAGAUAGACGUACUGUCAUUUGAAAGGGCUCUAUUCGUCAAAGGCAGAAAUACAGGAUGGACGUGCGUUCAAGUCGAGCUUAGAGAAAAGAUGAUUACCAUCCUAUCGGUCUCGCGCAUCGAUGAUCAUCUCUAUGAAAACAAAGGUGCAAGUGACUUUGGAAGCUCCAGCCUCAGCCCUUUGAGCAGUUCUUCAAAUAAUGGCGUUUCUAUUCUCGAAAGGGACUUUUUUGCAAUUUUACAGAAACAUCAUGGAUGGCUGGUUUUGGUUUUUCUGGAACUAUCAUGUCUCUUUAGUGCGAACGGAGAUGCGCCCAUCCUUAUUUCUUUUCCUUUUUCCGUCCUGGAUGGUCUUCAUCGAAUAUAA